AUGUCCUUGCGUUUAGAUAAUAAGAAGAUAAAUAAUAUUUUGGUUACGAGCCAGGGUUAUAAAUUUUCUACUGUCAAGUGGAUAAAUACUGGUUAUCUUGCUUCUGGGACUUGGGAUUCAGAGAAAACGGAGAUUGCCAUCUGGCGAAAAGAUGUAUCUAUAAAAAAAUCACCCCCCUAUCUGAGUAUUUAUGCCAAGGGGAACUUGGACUCGGAGAUUUUCCAAGUAGAUGCUACUGAGACCUUAUCAGUUUCUGCUUGUUCGGAUGGAUAUCUUCGCUUUCACAAAACGGUUGUAAAGGCGGACGUCGCCUCGGCUUUAAUUACGUCGCAGCCAGCUAACUUUAAACAUGAAUUGGGUUGCACUUGUGCAAAGAUUUCUCAACACCUAAGCAUAAGCGGGGGUGGGGAUGGCUACGUAUGCGCUUACGAUUCGGAACUACACAAGUUAGUUUGGAGUAAUAAAGAAAAUUCACAGUCGGAAGAAAUUAGGGAUCUUUGCUUUAUUAAUCAAAAUGGUUUCGAUUUUGCAUCAACUUCCUCAAGCGUAGAAAUUCGGUUAUUUGAUGUACGAACCAAUAAGACAGCUUUGCUAUUAUUUCCAUUAGGUUUUGCGAAUGUUGCCAACUGCAUAGCGGUCAACGCUUAUAAUAAAAACGUAAUAUCAGUUGGCACGGAAAACGGAAACCUUAUUGUUAUUGAUGUCCGCAAUUUUAAAAGACCUAUUUUUUCUGUGCAAUCUAGUGGAGUGCAGGCCAUCUUACUAUUUUAG